CAUACAUAAAUGUGAGCUGGAUGUUUACGAGAACUAGGAACGGCAUGCAAAUCAGCUCGAUAUUGAUUCAAACUCACAGCACACGAUUCAAUGAAUCUAUUCUAGCCAUUUGCUAAUAAAUAUGCUGAAAUAUGUAUUGAGGUCACCUGAACGGUACAGUCAUACAUAUAUUUGCUUGCUGUGUUCGUGGUAUUUUCAUUCUAGUAUUAAUAUAAAGUUCAUUUGAUUUGCAGUCUUAACGUUGUAUAUAUCGGAAAUUCAUCUCGGCCGCCCGACGGAACCAGGGCUGCCUACAAGGAAGACAAAACGACAGAAUGCAUCCUCUUAACGAUGACUGAAGUCGAGAACAAGCGGGAGUCAAGAAAGCUCCAGCUCUCCCACUCAAAUCAUCUACAAAUUUGAAGUGACACGUCGCCAUCCAGCAUGAAUCGCUGGGACACUAUGGGGAUGUUGUUGGGCGCGGCCCUUGUGUUGAUGUUGAUGGUAAUUUUUGGUUUCUGCUGGUGGAACUGGUCAAAGAAAAUAAAGGCUCUCGUCAAAUAUCUUUGGGACCGACGCCAUUACUGCCGUUGCCGUUGUCGCUAUAAACGGAAAAAAACCAAAGAUGACCUUCCCCGAUGGCAGACCCCUGCUGAAUUGCCGACUCGACCUAGGAACACGGCAUACGAUGACUCCAUAUCUACAUUCGCGUUAGACAGGGGCGCCACUCGAAGAGAGUCUAUACCUUCUCAGCCUACUACGUACUUUCCUUGGAACUUUAAUUACGAUAGUAGGCCUACCCAUGGCCGCGGUGAUGUUGAGGCACACGAAAGUUACAGCAACAGAACAAGCGAUCGGUUUGGGACAAUCCGGUCAUUUUUCUCAAUAGAAAACGAGGCAGAGUCAGAUACGUCAAGUACAAACUAUGGGACAGUUUCACCUUCGAAGCGGGCAUCUACCACCCAAAAAGAUAGAUCCCAGCUACGUAAACCGCAAAUCGAGCCACUCAAAGUCAAUGGGUAUUUCAUGAAAAAGCACGUGUUUCUCAUGAAAGACCUACCACAAGACACAAAUAGGUGCCAGUUUGCCUACGAAAAGGCAAGCAAUGCAUAUGCAGAAAACUGCCUCCCUCGAACUUAUACUAUGAUAUUUGUUCGCGACAAGAUGGUAUUCAAAGACGAAAUUGGCAGGGAGGCUGCGAUAAAGACUAUGAACUACGCGAAAGACUUUACGACUAAUCAGAGUUUUUACACUAUGACGUUUAAGUUGUUGCGGGAUAAUGAAUCGUAUUUGUUCAAGGAGAAAGGCCUACGGCAGCUGAGUCUGACGUGUAACGGGAAGCGCCAAAUAGAACAUUUGAAUAAGUGCGUGGAACCUUUAGCCUACGGGUAAUGCCAAGCGCCAAAUGGAACAUUUUAAUAAGACCGAGAGACCUUUCUAGCAGACGCGAAAUGCUGCCCCGCAAAUUUGGUCAAACCAAAAAACAUGUCAAACCCAUGCGGCUUGAGUAUCGCUGGAGGUUCAGAACGUUGUUGUGCGAGAAAAAAAAUGUACGUGCCAAGUUGCCCCACCACCGAGACACAUCAGUUUGCCGAGUUUCAUCACCCCCCAUGUGCAUGCAUUGCACUGCGGCACAUGUUGGCGACUUACAGCCCUCCAUUAACUUUAUUCGGUCACCAGGGUUUAGUUUCGUCAUUCCUCACUUUCAUUUUAUGAAAACACAUAUCGCUUCGUGCUUCACAACUGUAGUCUUUAUAUUUGCUAAAAAACUCAUUGGGACAAAAUUAAAAAAUAUGAAUUGUAUAUAUACAAUGUGUAUCUGUGUUUUAUCCGUAUAUCUGUAAUAUUGUAAAUUUUAUUCGUAUACGGUAUACAUGCAUCUGUAAUAUUGUGGUGCUCUAUUAACUAAUUGAAUCAAUUUUAAAUUCAGUCAGCGAUGGUCAAUGGAUCCUGCUUUCACUCAUGCAGUGGUGAAUGCAAUACUUUUACAACAAAACACUGAGUAUUUAUUUAUCCACAGAUCUGAUGUAAAAUACUUCGGAUAUAUCGGUAGUGCUAUCAAACAGCAAAAUGAUC